ACUGGGGACUGAUCAUUCAGAGUGUAACGUUACUGCAAGUAACCACAGUUACCUUACAAGGCUGUGCGUUGUCAGGAAUGGUGACUCCAAACAGGCAAAUGUUUAUCUACGUUAACUUAAUACCGCACAUCACAAUUUACAUCGUGUCCCUAUAGGCAAUCCAUCCAGCGCAGCUAACGCGAACAUAUGAGCAUAAAACUAUAGUCGCCAGUGCUAGAAACAUCCAUGAUUUUAGCUAAUGCUAAUGCUACUGCCUCUUUUUCAUGUUUCACCUUUUUUUUUUUUUUUAGUGACCCGUUUUAUAAAACUGUACAUGUUAACAUGUCGACUCUUUCACAGUUAUAACUAUACAAAAUAAAAUACCGAGGUUAGUAACAGUAAUAGUGUGAAAAGAAAAGGCCACAGGGUGGCGAGCUGCUCCAUCUUUAAAUCUGCGUCGUUGGCAUAACCUUAGCUAGCUGAGUAAGUUAGCUAAAGCUAGUUAACUUAACUCAAUUCAAUCUUGGUUAUUAAGCCAGCUAUUGACUUAAAAUGAGUUUAGACACACUCUUUAAUCAAAUCCUUCUAUCUGAACAACAAUUAACCGAACAGACACACAAAUUAAAAGAAGUUAAAGUAGCCAUCCUCAAAAGCAAAGAGAAGAUCAAGAGCACCACUGAAAAGUUUGAAAAGACCAAAGAGGAACUUGAUGAAAAGGCUCAGCAGUUGUCUGCUAUAAGGCUGCAGUGUGAUCUGAUAAAGAAAUGUGAAGACCAGAUGUUGAAGCAAAUUGAGGAGCUGCUGUGCCAGAAGAGCUGCCUCAGGGAACGUCUAGCCAAGAUAAAGAGGCAGUCUAAAGAAGAAGAGGAAACCUUCCUUCAGGAGAUCUCAAGGUUCAACAGUGACUUCAGUCUUCGAGGGAACAGAGAGAUAGUGUACCAGGGCCAAACACACACUGAGAUCCUGGACCUGCAGAAGGAAGUGGAAUCAUUGUACAAAGAGAUGGAGCUGAUGAGCCGCGGGAACAAUCACAUGAGCUCCAUGCAGGAUGAGAAGAGAGAGCUCCAGCUCCAACUACAGGGCCUGGAUAGUAUCCAGAAAGACCUGGAUCGGCAGCUCAAUGAGGCUGAGGCAAUGACAGAAUCUCUGAGAGCGGAGAGCCGGUUUGUCAGUCAGAAACCUUUCACUGACAGCACCUGUCUGAGGCUGAGGAAGGAGCUGGAGAUGCAUAAAGAAGGAGAGCUGGAGCUUCUGAGAGAGGCGCUCAGCUCGGAGAUACAGCUCCUGAAGUCAAAGCUGGACAGCAGCCAGGGAAGUGAACGGCAUUAGGUUUGGCACAAUGAUAAUACAGGAAGGUUUCAUUGGUUCACUGAUUGUCUCUUCUGUUAUAAAAUGUACAUGCUAGUAAAUAGAAUAGAGAGAGAAAGAGAAGAAAGAACAAAUGGAGUGAGAUUAUAAACUGUUGUUUAAUAUUUACUUUACAUGAAAAGAGCAAAUUCCAUUCUGAGUAACCUCAGCACACAGGCUGUCUUUAAAAGAUGGAAGUGUUGACACUUACACACUGUUAGUGGAAGAGCUGAAACAAAACAAGAGAUACAUUAAUAAACUGACGACUGAAGUGACACAUUUGUUUUCUUUUCUCCUCUUUCAUUCUAAAGCCCAGACUAUACUGACAAUUUUGUUCUGUUUCUACCUUCAACCAGUUGUUUUAAUGAGAAAGAUUGCUUUUUACAUUUAAUGUAUUGGCACAAGACUAAAACCUAAACACAUGCUCAUACACAGUGUUUCAUUGCUGGCAAAUAAAGGAGGCCUUCAAAUAUGUGAUUUAAUACUGCCCUCUAGUGUACAAAGAGUAACAUGGCUGUAAUAGGAGUGUUGAGUCAAAACUGAAUGUUACACACUGAAUUAGCAUUGAAGCAUGUAAUGUAAUGUUUUUCUUCAAUAUUGUAUAAUAGUUAAAUCACUGACAUUGGACUGUGUAGUUAAUCUCAAUAAAUGAUGUUUUAGA